AUGUCGCGGGUGUUUCAAAUCACGAAGCCAGUCUUCAAGCACGACUAUCAGAUCAUCCCAGAGGGCGAGGAGACCCUUUACAAGGUCAAGAACUCGCCGUUUCCCCGGGGUGGCACUCCAGAUCUCGCGCUACUCGACGGACCCGACAAGACCGCGCCGGUUCUAGUCGUGUGCCACAUGCCAAAGUUCUCACGGCAUUUCAAGAUUGGAUUCGGCGAUCCCGCAGACCCCGAGUCUAUCAUUUGGGAAGACUUCAUCAAGCCCAAGAUAGGCGGCUGUGAACGCAAGAUUUCCGUCUCUCUCGCAAGCGAUGGCACCAUUUGCGAGACGGGCAAAGGCCAGCGCGAAGAGUUCAUCUGGAAACGCACCCACGACGUCGGCGUCCAAGGCAAAAAGUUUCACCACGCAAGGCUGCGAAAUAGAAAGCUCAUUGACGAGCGGGGCGAGGUUGUCGCCAUGUUUACAUUCGACAAGACGGGAUGGCUCCAGAUUAAUGUCGACAGGGGGCGCGAUUUCGAUGCCAUGGUCAUGAUGACACUACUGUCGAUCAUAGAGUGGAUGAGGCGGCAGUAG